CUUCCCCGCUGGUCGGGGCGCGCCGCAGCUGGUGCUGAAACCCGGGACCCAUCGUGAGGGGCCGAAGAGGAUUCAGAACUUCACACGGGAAGCGGACGACGUCGAACCGUCCGGAUCCCAUUUGGGUGCCUGAAAGACUCACCAGACAAGUGAAAGAGGCUCUACAAGAUGUUCCCUCAGAUGAAUAUGAGCCGUUGGAAGCUGAGAGUAGUCCUGCUGCUAAUGAUGUGGAGCCUGGGAAGAAUGGAACAGAGAUGGGGAAUACUGUCAGCGUUCCCGAAGCCGAUGCCAGUUCGCCAUAAUGCCGCAGUGUUUCCUCGCUUUUUUACCACCACCAAAGAGCUAGGCCUCCCUUGGCUUCCUCUAGAUAGGCAGACUGCUCCGCUAGGAGAAAAUCGUAGUUUUCAGGAGGAGGGAUCAAUUUGCUUUACAGUCAAUCCUGGGAAUCUUAGUGAGGAGAAAUGUUUGAUAUUCAAACAACAGGGUUUAGCAUGGUUCGAGGGUGACACUAUCGGAAAGUACGCUAUGACCUCAGUAGAGAACUGCGUCAGAAGUAAUAAGAGCCUUUGUUAUCAAGUUCUUAAUUCUACCUCUUAUGAAAGAGCCGUGUGGUUUAAUGGUACCUUCAUAGUUCCUCGUAAUAAUUUUGAGGGUGAGGAUUCUCCCCCGGCUCAGCCAAAAUAUGCUCCACAUUGUCUGGGAGUUUAUGAGGGAGAGACUUGGCCAUGGACUGAUUGUCAGUCAAAGAUAUUGACAUGGGCAGAUUCGAGCAAACGUUUUACAUUCUCGCCUGACAUGCGUGGCCCCAAGAAGGAUAACAAUGUGUAUGAUCAAGGAUUUUUUCUGCAAGAUCCACGGAUGAAACCUUAUGAUAAAUGGAUGCUUUGUGGAGUAAAUGGCAGCUGCUCUGGUUUAAACGUAUUUUCCCUGCUACAAGGAGGAGCAGCGGGUCUUACUAAUUUUACAAGGAUGUCUCUUUCGAAUUCCUCCAUGAAGGACCCACCUACUAAUGAAUGGGGUGCCUCAUGGGAACAGAAGUCCUUGACAGGUGGAAUUGUAAAGAUAGUUAAGCAGUUUAAAAAUGAUACCUUCUCUCCCGCUCCGGUGUGUGUGUAUCCUCCAUUUUUGUUUAUAUUAAGUAAUUCUUCUUUUGAAAGCUGCAGCGAUAGGGGCUGUAUGCUUGCACAAUGCUGGGAUGCCACCCAAUAUACUAGAGCGAUGGUGGCCCGUGUUCCCCGCUGGAUUCCUGUACCAGUUGAAACACCUAGCCCCAUGACGUUGUUUCGCCCAAAAAGAGACUUUGGCAUAACUGCGGCUGUGAUUAUUGCGAUCUCGGCCGCUGCCACGGGGGCUACGGUUGCUGGCAUUGCUAUGUCCACCUCGGUGCAAACAGCAUCUACCCUUAAUCAAUUAUCUGAUCAGGUAACUCAAGCUUUAGAUUCUCAGGCCAGAUUGGAUUCACAUAUAAAAGGUGGCUUAUUAAUAGUAAAUCAGAGAAUUGAUCUAGUUCAGGAACAACUAGAUAUGCUUUGGCAAUUGGCUCAGCUUGGAUGUGAAUGGAAGUAUAAUGCGCUCUGCAUUACCAGUGUCCCUUAUAGGAAUUAUACCAGGGCUGCUAAUUUAUCCCGUGCCUUAUCUCAUUAUUUAGCAGGAAAUUGGUCCAACGACUUUGAUGUGCUGUUGGGAGAUCUUCGACAUGCAGUGGUUGCCAUCAAUUCCACACGAGUGGACCUCAGCUUGGCUGAGGGGAUGACCUCCUGGAUCACUUCUGCAGUUUCCCUGUUUAAGGAGUGGGUGGGAGUGGGGAUGUUUGGGAGUGUGAUUCUUGUAGGACUGGCUUUGGUGUUGUUUUUGCUGUGUCGCAUGUCACGAAGGCGCAAGGUAGAAAACAUGGCUAUGGCUAAAGCUUUGGCUGCCCUGGAUGCGGGCAGUUCCCCCCAAGCUUGGAUAGCUGUUCUAAAAAAUGUAUAAUACGAUGCCCUUGUACCUGGAGGCAGCUUUAUGCCAUUGCACCCAGAGGGAUUGUAUUUUACUUGAUGGUGGCCUGAUCCAGUGUUGCCUUUGCACCUCCAGGGGUAUAUACCCAUUGUACUGGAGAAGGAGCAUGGGUCUGCCAGGUCUCCUUUGAUCGGUUCACACAUCAUGAGGUGGGAACCUGAUUGGGAGUAAGUCCUCAUGCCAUUUUUUAAGAAAAAAGGGGGAACUGUGGCGACUGUCCGCCAUUGCAAGAUGGCGCCGACUUCCUCUCUGGGCAACGCCCUGCCACAUCAGCCUUCGAGCUGUCUGUCACGUAUGCCUAAGCCUGUCUGCCUAGCAACAGCGCCUGUCCAAUCCCGCACUGCCUCGUGUAUCAGACCGGCAUGACACACCUCCAGCCUGCAUAUAAGCACUCCGGCAUCCGUGCUCGGGGCCCCUCACCUCCAGCUCUCCCUCAACCAAGCAGUGCUUCAAUAAACCGUGAUAGAAGAAGAA